GGGCUGUGUACCUACAAAAGUCAACAGGCCCCCCAUGUUCCUUUUUCCGCAAACAAUUCUGCUCGUUCCACUGCAUCACACCUUUUUGGGAAGAUCAAUCAAUCCGUUUGAUUCAUCUUCACACUCUCGUCAUCAGCCUCAGGUCAACCACCCCAUCCUAUUCGACUUCGACCAUUCUGAUUGCCAGAGUUCCCGUGCUACGUUUUGCGUUCCGCCUCAAGCCGCAUCCGCCCAAGAGGCACACCUCUACCCGCGCCACUGCACCUGUCAAUCUUAUGGAGUUUGCUACCGUUCAGGACCUGCUCCGCGUUGUCGUCUGUGCUUCUGCAUACAUGCGACAGCUCACCACUACCCCGAGAUAGAUUGAGAACACCGACACCCAGAGCUUUUUACCAACCAUCCUCUCACAACUUCCCGCGUCCUAGCAGGAGUCCCUGAGAUUCCAGGCCCAGUUCGCCAGUCAAGGGGCCAUUCUCAAUCUCAUCAUGGGUUCCGACAAGCCCAAGCAGGUUGACUCUGAGGGGCACGUCAGCGGGCAGUCCAACCGCCCAAUGACACAGCCCGCCCAUUGUCUUACCGUGGCUGAAGUGGUCGAGCAAUUAAAGGCGGAUCCGUCCAAUGGCCUUUCCGACGACGAAGCACAGAGACGACUCGCGGAGUACGGUAAGAACGACCUUGGGGCGGCCCAACAGGUCUCCCCUGUGCGCAUACUAAUCGCACAGGUUGCCAAUGCCAUGACUCUUGUCCUGAUCCUGGCCAUGGCUGUCAGUUUCGGCAUCAGGUCUUGGAUUGAGGGCGGCGUGGUCGCCGGCGUCAUUGCCCUGAACAUCGUUGUUGGUUUCUUCCAGGAGUAUUCCGCCGCCAAGACCAUGGACUCACUGCGAUCACUGAGCUCUCCCACUGCCAACGUCAUACGUAACGGACAGUCUCAAACAGUGGCUUCAUCCGACCUGGUUCCUGGAGACCUCGUUGAGCUCAAGACGGGCGACACUAUUCCAGCUGACGUUCGUGUCUUCGAACCAGUCAAUUUUGAGACUGACGAGGCCCUUCUGACGGGUGAAUCUCUGCCUGUCCGCAAAAAGGAAGAUAUUACUUUCGAGGCGGCAACUGGGCCCGGCGACCGCUUGAACGUAGCUUAUAGCUCCUCAAACGUCACAAAGGGCCGGGCCAAAGGCAUCGUUUUCGCCACUGGGUCCUACACCGAGAUUGGCGCUAUCGCCUCUCAGCUCAGACAAAAGGAGACCAAGAUCCGUGAGCCCAAGAAGACCAGGAAGGAUCCCGACGCGCGUGCGAAGCCCCAUCGUUAUCUCGAGGCUUAUGUUUUGACUGUUACCGAUGCCGUUGGCCGGUUCCUAGGUCUCAACGUCGGAACACCCCUCCAGAGGAAGCUGUCCAAGCUCGCUGUUCUGCUCUUCUUCAUUGCUGUCGUCUGCGCCAUAAUUGUCCUGGGUGCCAAUGAGUUUGCCACCACACAGGAUGUGAUCAUCUACGCCGUAGCCACGGGUCUGUCGAUGAUCCCAGCCAGCUUGGUGGUUGUUCUGACCAUCACCAUGGCUGCGGGCACCAAGCGAAUGGUCAAGAGAAAUGUUGUUGUCCGCAACUUGAAGUCCCUUGAGGCUCUGGGUGCAGUCACAGACAUUUGUUCCGACAAGACCGGCACUCUGACGCAGGGCAAAAUGGUUGCGAGAGGCGCCUGGGUGCCCUCAAAGGGCACUUUCACAGUCGAAAACUCUGCCUCGCCGUUCGAUCCCACAGCUGGAGACAUUCGCUUCCACAAGUCGGCGCCUCGCGCUAUCAAACUCAAGGAAGGCGGAGAAGCUUGUGGUUCCAUUAUUAAACCCGAAGAGUACGCUUCUGGAACCGACGCUGGCUCUUGUCUCUCAGAGUUCCUCAAUGUCGCCUGCCUGGCCAACCUCGCCAUCGUCAGCAAGAACAACGAAGGCACCUGGGAGGCGCGGGGCGACCCUACCGAAAUUGCCAUCCAGGUUCUGGCUCGUCGCUUCGGCUGGGACCGCCUUGCCCUGACUGGUGAUGAAAAGUCCGAGUGGAUGGACGUUGCCGAGCUGCCUUUCGAUUCGGACGUUAAGCGCAUGUCGGUUGUCAUGCGGAACAAGAACGGCUCUCACCAGGCCUUGACCAAAGGCGCUGUCGAGCGCGUCCUUGACAGCUGUACCACCUACGCCCCUGAUAGCUCCGGCAACCUCGUCGAUAUCGCAGGCUUCCACGACGAGAUCCUCAAGAACAUGCAAGCAUUGGCUAGUCUCGGCCUACGCGUCCUCGCUCUGGCCAGCAAGCCGAUGCCCGGCGAGCUCAAGGUCGACGACGAGACUGGUGUCGAUAGGUCUGCCGUUGAGUGUGAUCUCGUCUUCCGCGGCCUCGUCGGACUCUACGACCCACCCCGCCCCGAAUCUGCCCCUGCCGUCCGACAGUGCCAUGCUGCUGGUAUCGAGGUCCACAUGCUGACCGGUGACCACCCCGAGACGGCCAAAGCCAUCGCCGUCGAAGUUGGGAUUCUACCUUCUAAGAUGCAUCUCAUAGCAAACGACGUUGCGAACUCGUUGGUGAUGACCGCGAUGCAAUUCGAUGCCCUCAGCGACGACGACGUGGAUGAACUCCCUGUGCUGCCUCUGGUUAUUGCGAGAUGUGCUCCUAGCACCAAGGUCCGCAUGAUUGAAGCUCUUCACCGCCGUGGACGGUUUUGUGCAAUGACUGGUGACGGCGUCAACGACUCUCCCUCUCUCCGCCGUGCUGAUGUCGGCAUCGCGAUGGGUAUUGCUGGUUCUGAUGUUGCAAAGGACGCGUCCGAUAUCGUUCUUUCUGAUGACAACUUUGCGUCUAUCCUCGCAGCCAUCGAGGAAGGACGUCGCAUUUUUGACAACAUCUCAAAGUUUGUUCUGCAUGUGCUGGCUGAAAACGUUGCGCAGGCUGGUACUCUUCUUGUUGGCCUCGCCUUCAAGGACAGGACUGGGCUAUCUGUUUUCCCUCUCGCCCCUGUUCAGGUCGUCUGGAUCAUCAUGGCGACAUCGGGUUUGCCUGACAUGGGUCUCGGGUUCGAGCGUGCUGUCCCCGAUAUUCUCCAGCGGCCCCCUCGCUCGCUAAAAGCUGGCAUAUUCACCUCCGAGUUCCUUACGGAUAUGGUGGUCUACGGCCUCUGGAUCACUCUGUUAUGUCUAGCGAGUUUUGUACUCGUGGUUUUCGGCUUUGGCAACGGUGAACUUGGCGAGCAGUGCAACGACAGGUACUCUGAAUCCUGCGACGUGGUCUUCCGUGCAAGAGCGACUACGUUCGCCUGUUUGACAUGGUUUGCUUUAUUCCUUGCAUGGGAAAUGAUUGACACCAGGCGGUCAUUCUUCCGUAUGCAACCCGGUUCGAAGCGCUACCUGACGCAGUGGUGUUUGGAUGUCUGGAGGAACCAAUUCCUCUUCUGGGCUAUCAUGUUCGGUGUCGUUACCCUGUUCCCUUUGAUCUAUAUCCCCGUUUUAAACACCGUUGUCUUAAAGCACAAACCGAUCACCUGGGAAUGGGCGAUCGUCUUCGUUGCCGCAAUUCUGUUCUUCGCUGGGGUCGAGACCUGGAAGCUCUGCAAACGAGUCUAUUUCCGCCGACAGGACAGCAAGCGUCUGGGCAAAUCCUGGAAGCAGAUGGACAUCGAAGAUCGAGUCUUUGGACAAUACUUUACUGGAAGUCUCUCGAAAGACGGGACGACCGAUGAGAGGACAAUUGACGGGGGCCAGUGAGAGGCUGGGAGAUAGGAUCGGAAUUGCCCAGCAGAUGUCCGCUCACGGACGUGUUGCAGUGCGAAGCAAUGAUGACAACUCGCUCAGUUCAUGCGAAGGUUGUGACCGGGGGAGGGGGGACGUGUUGCUCAGAAUCACGUUUCUGUGCUGUACCUAGGUACUUACUUAAUCCAACUGAAUUACAUUCUUUAAAA